AUGUCUGAGGCGCUGGACCUUUGCAGAACCAAUAAAUUCGGGAGACGUUAUGGGGUGUGCAGGCUACUGAGAGGUCAGAAAGCUCAUAAAAUUGCACGUGCCGGUGGCCAGGGCGUUGGCAAGGCGGCGCUGAUGCUGCGGCUGAAGCGGCUGAUGGCGAUGGAGAAGCAGGUAAAUGUGCGGCAGGCGGUGGAGAGGGAGCAGGCGGACAUCAUGAGCAUGAGCGACCGCUCCUACCGCAAAUUUGCGCGGCAGUGCUGGCGCCAGGGCAUUGACGACGAACGAGCGGAGGACAAGGGCCGAGCAGACAGGGCUGCGGAGCGCAUCAGGGCGAUCAAGGUGUGGAAGAACGAGACAACCGAGCGCCUGAGUGGCGCAAGGGAGAUGCGGGUAGCGCGCAACCGCUACGUUCUGCGCGCACAUGAGCGCCUGCUGCGAGACAUGAACCGCCUCAAGGAGGAUGACCGGACGCGCCGCAUGGAAGCCCUGAAGGCGAACGACUUUGAGGCGUACCAGCAGAUCCUGCGCGAGACGGCUGGCCCCGGCACGAGCGGCGAGCGCUACGAGGUCAUCUCGCGCUUCCUGUCCACCACGGAGGAGUACCUGCACAAGCUGGCCUCCAAGGUUGCCCAUGUGAAGCUCGCACAGGAGGCCUCCGAGGCCGCCGCCCUCGCCAUCUCCCGCGCCCGCGCCCAGGGGCUGUCCGAGGAAGAGGUGCAGGAAGCUGCCAAGGCGGCCGAGGCGGAAGCUGCAGUCAGCAGCAGCCUGGUGCAGUCCAGCAAGGCCGACGGUGGCGACGCGCAGUCCCGCUACUACAACCUCGCCCACAGUGUGGAGGAGCUGGUGCUGGAGCAGCCGAAGCUGCUACGGCCGCCGGCGGGGGCAAAGCUGCGCGAGUACCAGAUGGUGGGCCUGCAGUGGAUGGUGUCCCUCUACAACAACCACCUCAAUGGCAUCCUUGCCGACGAAAUGGGCCUCGGCAAGACCGUGAUGGCGCUGGUGGCGCACCUGAUGGAGCACAAGAACAACUACGGGCCGCACCUCAUCAUUGUGCCCAACGCGGUCAUGGUCAACUGGAAGAGCGAGCUCACGCAGUGGCUGCCCAGCGUUCGCUGCGUCUACUACGUCGGCCACAAGGACGAGCGCGCGCGCAAGUUUGCCACCGAGGUCGCCUCCCUGCAAUUCAAUGUGCUCGUCACCACCUACGAGUACAUCAUGCGCGACCGCGCCAAGCUCUCCAAGGUGGACUGGAAGUACAUAGUAAUUGACGAGGCGCAGCGCAUGAAGGACCGGCAGAGCAAGCUGGCCAAGGACCUGGACCGCUUCACGGCCGCGCGGCGGCUGCUGCUGACGGGGACGCCCCUGCAGAACGACCUCUCUGAGCUCUGGUCCCUCCUCAACCUCCUGCUGCCCCAGGCGCGCACCCUUCUAUUUCUUAUCUGCCUUUUGGAACGGUGCACCGCGGCGCAGGUGUUUGACGACAAGGCGACGUUCGCGGAGUGGUUCAGCGACGCGCUGGGCAAGCAGGGCGCGGGGGCAGGCGGCGGCCCGGACGAGUGGCUGGAGACGGAGAAGCGAGUCGUGGUCAUCCACCGGCUGCACCAGAUCCUGGAGCCCUUCAUGCUCCGCCGCCAGGUGCAGGACGUGGAGGGGAAGCUGCCGCCCAAGGUGCCGUUGGUGGUGAAGGUGCCGAUGGCGCCGUACCAGAGCGUGCUCUACAACUGGGUCAAGGCCAGCGGCACCAUCCGCCUCGACCCGGACGGCCCCAGGGUCAGCAACACCGCGCGCGUCUACGCCACCCUCAACAACAAAUGCAUGGAGCUGCGCAAGGUGUGCAACCACCCGUGCCUGAGCUACCCGCCGCCCUUCGACUUUGACGGCGGCAUGCUGGUGCGCCGCUGCGGCAAGUUCGAGGUGCUAGACCGCAUGCUCGUCAAGCUGCACGCGACAGGCCACCGAGUGCUAAUGUUCUCCACCAUGACCAAGCUGCUGGACCUCCUCGAGUCCUACCUUCUCUGGCGCCGAUGGGGCCCCGACCAGCGCGCCAUGCACUACCUGCGCAUCGACGGCUCCACCGCGCUCGAGGACAGGGAGAAGGCCAUCCAGCAAUUCAACAAGAAGGACAGCGAGGCGUUCAUCUUCCUGCUGUCCAUCCGCGCGGCCGGCCGAGGUCUCAACCUGCAAUCGGCGGACACUGUGGUCAUCUAUGACCCAGACCCCAACCCAAAGAACGAGGAGCAGGCAAUUGCGCGCUCGCAUCGCAUCGGCCAGACCAAGGAGGUCCGCGUGAUUCACCUGGAGGCCGUGGCUGAUCCUGAGGUCCCCUCCCAGUCAGGGAACCCAUCCCAGAAUGGCCAGGUGGCGAGGGCAGGGUACGCCGACAGCAUAGAGUCGCUGGUGCGCAACAACAUCCAGAAGAUGAAGAUUGACAUGGCCAACGAAGUCAUCGACGCCGGCCGCUUUGACAUGAACACCACCAUGGACGAGCGGCGACACACCCUCGAGGAAAUGCUGCAGGCAAGCUUCUUCACAACCCUUGCAGUGAACGCGGUGCCUAGCAGGGAGGAACUCAAUGCGGUGCUGGCGCGCUCAGAAGCAGAGCGAGUGGAGUUUGACCGCCUGGACCGCGAGCUGUCGUGGCCUGCCGAGGAGGGCGAGGAGGAGAUUCCCAGCUGGCUGCAGUACACACAGGAGGAGCUGGCGCAGGUUGUUCAGGCCACCUCCAAGCAGCGCCCCAACCAGGCCAAAGAGCUGGCCGCCUUGGCUGGCAUCCUGCCCAAGGCACGCCUGCCCUGCCGCUCUCAUCCCGUCAUCCCUGCAUUACUAGUGUAUUUUAUUCUUGAAUUUCCCAUCUUCACAGUGACAGAUCUCAAUAUGGCCAAUGGCCUGACGUGA